AUGAUUCUGCUGGGUUUUUUUUUUUUUUUUUUUGUUUCCCCCCCGUUUCAUUUGGUUUUACUUGCACGAGUGAUACCAUCUUUUCGUCUUCAUGAUUUGUGUUUGGAGUCUAGAUUUUUGUUCAUUCUUCAUAAAGUUUUGCUUUGAAUUUUGACAGUUACAGCUUUACUGUAUAUACUCUGUAUAUACGUGUCAGUGUGAAAAUACAGGCAAAAAGAAGAAUAUACAGAUUUUGAAUCAGAUGCUCCUGUUUGCCCUUUUAAACCCCUUUUCAUUUUUAAGGACUGAGAGAAACAGAUUUACAACUGUGACCUGGCAUAAAUAUCUGUUGUAGUUGGGGUGAUGAUGAUGAAGGAAGAUCCAUGGAGGAGUAGACUCGAAAAGCCUGAUGUUUUUAGUGAUGAGGUCCUUAUUUGGAGGUUAUUUAGAAUCAGUGAAGAAAUCCAAUUACCAUUCAACUGGAACAACUUCUUGCCAUGGGAGAAGCAUCAGCAGGUUUAGCACUGCUUCAGUCGCCGAGGAAUUAAUCACUCCCCCUGUUCAAAUAACUUAUACCCAGAAUCUGAUUAAUGGGCAAUUUGUUGAUGCUGCAUCAGGAAGAAACUUUCCAACAUAUGACCCUCGUACUGGGGAAGUGAUUGCCCAUGUCGCUGAAGGUGAUGCUGAAGAUAUCAACCGUGCUGUAGCUGCUGCGCGGAAGGCAUUUGAUGAGGGACCGUGGCCAAAGAUGACAGCUUAUGAAAGAUCACGGAUAUUGUUGCGAUUUGCUGAUUUGGUUGAGAAAAACACUGAAGAGCUUGCAGCUCUAGAGACAUGGAACAAUGGGAAGCCUUAUGAACAGGCUGCACAAGCUGAAUUGCCAAUGCUUGCUCGUCUAUUUCGCUACUAUGCUGGCUGGGCAGAUAAAAUCCAUGGACUAACAGUUCCGGCUGAUGGAGAUUAUCAUGUGCAAACAUUGCAUGAACCAAUUGGAGUUGCAGGACAAAUCAUUCCCUGGAAUUUUCCUCUUCUCAUGUUUGCUUGGAAAGUUGGGCCUGCUCUAGCAUGUGGUAAUACUAUAGUCCUGAAGACAGCAGAGCAAACACCUUUGACUGCUCUCUAUGCGGCAAAGCUGUUCCAUGAUGCCGGUCUUCCUCCAGGCGUAUUAAAUAUUGUUUCUGGCUUUGGUCCGACUGCUGGUGCAGCUCUUGCCAGCCAUAUGGAUGUGGACAAGCUAGCUUUCACGGGAUCAACCGAUACUGGAAAAGUUGUACUUGAAUUGGCUGCAAGAAGCAAUCUUAAGCCUGUAACACUAGAGCUGGGAGGGAAGUCACCUUUCAUAGUAUGCGAGGAUGCUGAUAUUGAUAGGGCUGUGGAGCUUGCACACUUUGCUCUUUUCUUUAAUCAGGGGCAAUGUUGCUGUGCUGGUUCUCGUACAUAUGUACAUGAACGAAUCUAUGAUGAGUUCAUAGAGAAAUCAAAGGCACGUGCUACAAGACGUGUUGUAGGCGAUCCCUUCAAGAAGGGUGUGGAACAAGGUCCUCAGAUUGAUGUGGAGCAAUUUGAUAAAGUCCUUAGGUACAUAAGAUCUGGAAUCCAAAGCAAUGCCACCCUUGAAUGUGGAGGUGACAGAUUAGGCUCCAAAGGCUACUUUAUUCAGCCCACUGUCUUCUCCAAUGUCCAGGAUGAUAUGUUGAUAGCAAAGGAUGAGAUCUUUGGCCCUGUGCAAUCCAUCUUGAAAUUCAAGGAUAUCGAUGACGUAAUACGAAGGGCAAAUACAACGCGCUAUGGUCUAGCUGCAGGAGUAUUUACAAGAAGCUUGGACACUGCUAACACCUUGACCCGAGCACUAAGAGCUGGUACGAUAUGGGUUAAUUGCUUCGACGUGUUUGAUGCUGCAAUUCCUUUUGGUGGGUACAAGAUGAGUGGUAUAGGCAGGGAGAAGGGAAUCUACAGCCUUCACAACUACCUGCAAGUCAAGGCUGUUGUUACUCCUUUGAAGAAGGCAGCAUGGUUGUAAGUAGUGUCUCAGUUCCACCAUAUUGUUGGUCUCACUUUUGGUGUUCUAAAUAAGGACAGCAUACAAGGUAGGCUUGUGGUUUAAGAUGGACAGAAAGUAAUAGCUUCCUCAAGAAAGCUUCUUGAUGGUACUUAACUGCCCCAAAGUUACCUUUGCAUCUUACUGAUACCUUUGUAGUGCUGCAUUACAGUUUUGAGUGAUGAUGUGUUUUGUUC